GAUCUCCUCCGUCAUCUUCACUCCUGCCACAUCAAUCACGAACGUCUCUUUCGAGAUUGGACAAUUGGACAUCAAAUACACUCGGCUGUUGAGUUUGAUCUUCUUUGAGCGUGAUCCCACAAAGCGCACGGCAAUCAGCGCGCUUUCAAAGCAUAUCACUGCGUUCGACGCUAAGAGUGGUGCAGCUCCCAGCCACCUUUAGGCUUGCGCCAAACCCAGCUGCGCUCGCAACCACGUUCGCAACAACCGUUCUCUACCAGAGCAUUGCGACUGUGGACACCCACUUCAUAGCGGCCACAGCGAACUCAUCAAGAUGCCGUAUCGUAUCGAACUCUCGGCCAACAACCGAGCCGGUUGUCAAGACAAAGUCUGCAAGGACAAUGCUGAGAAGAUCACCAAGGGUCAACUCCGCCUGGGAACUUACGUUGAGAUUAAUGGUCACGGCUCCUGGCGGUGGAAGCACUGGGGCUGCGUGUCUGGGAUGCAGGUCACGAACAUGCAGGAGACCGCCAAGGACCCCGGAACUGACGAGUAUGACUUCGAUCGGAUUGACGGCUAUGACGAGCUGAACGACCACCCGGAUAUUCAGGAGAAGAUCCGCCGCGUUAUCGAACAGGGCCAUAUUGAUGAGGAGGACUUCAAUGGUGACCCUGAGUACAACAAGCCUGGCCAAAAGGCUAUCCGUGGCCGGGCCAAGAAGGUCAAGGCUGAGGACAAGGAGGAGAAUGCAGAGGAGGAGGACGAAGCCCCAGUCACCAAGAAAAAGGCGCCGGCCAAGCGCGGCCGUAAGAAGGCAGCCGAUGAAGACGAGCAGGAGGAAGAAGCUGCCGAGCCGCCCAAGAAGAAGGCCAAGGGUGGCCGAAAGUCUGCAGCUGCCAAAGAGGAACCGGAGUCCGAGGAAGAGGCCAAGCCUACCAAGAAGGCUGGUCGCCCGGGACGCAAGUCAAAUGCCGUGAAGGACGAGGACGAGGCGGUGCCAGAUUCGAAGCCAGCCAAGAAGACCGCCGCCCGUGGUCGCAAGUCCAACGCCGUCAAGCAGGAGGACGAAGAGGAAGAAGCAGAGCCUGUGGUAACCAAGAAGCCCCACGGUCGCAGAGCAUCAAAGAAGGCUGCCACACCAAGCGAGGACGAGAUGGAGGCCGAGCCGUCCGCUGCUGAGGACGAGGAAGAAACCGAGAAGCCUGCUCCAAAGCCGAAGAAAGGUCGCCCUGGUCGCAAGUCCAAAGCGGCAGUUGAGGAAGAGGAGGACGAGGAGCCUGCCCCAGUUGCGAAGGCGAAGCGUGGCCGGCCCAAGAGAUCCUGAGCGGACCGGGUUACUGUCUACGACGACAAUCCCGGCGCUCAUGCAGAUGUGGCAGGCGUCCAUUUGACAACAGCCGUCACACUUAUGUCGGACAAUACCUGUGGAACAGGUGAGGGAUGUACCACGCCAAUACUUUGAGGGUAUCUGGAGGGCGUGAUUGAGGAGGCAUGUUUUCGGGCUCCAAGAAGAGUGUUUUUCUCCUGAUUUACUGUAUUACUUUGCAUGCAUCUGCAGCUCUGUUGCUGUAGGCAUGAUCCGGAGACGCCCACGUACAACUUUGAGAAGUCGGUCCAACAGGACGCGUAUGCAGGAAUGAAUAACAUGUGUUGCACUGCCGACAGCGA